AUGGUCCAAUUCCGAAGUGUCGUGCCUCUUUUCGAGAAUUGUCAUCUGGCCCCAGGCUUCCGUUUCAUGAUCUUGGCACGAGUGAUGGCUCUGAUUGAAGAGGGCAAACUUCCUCAGCAAGAGGGCAUGGAUCUCUAUCGAACUAUGGCAGGCUUAUUGAUCGAAUAUAAGGACUUUGCUUCACUACAGCAUCCAACAACAAUCCAUGAGCAGUCAAAAAGGAUGAAACUCCCGCCUUGGCUGACUUCCAAGAUGUGGGCUCAGCGUAGGCUGGGGAAUGCACUCACGCACAAUGACAUGGGAAACUUCUUCUCGGGACUUUUGAAGGCCAGCACAAAGUCGAACACUGCUUCAGGUCAAUUCAUGUCCAAGAUCAUCAAACAGGUUGGCAGAAUUUCAGAGGCCAGUUUCCAGUUGACGUGGCUUCCUUUUCUGCGUUCCACCAUCCCCCUUCUCGAAAACGAAGGCAUUUCCUUGAGUACACCACCCUACAAGAAGUUUUUCUCCGUUGUCACUCGGAGUAUUCUUGACAACUUUCUUGGGCCGGAGCCCCGUGAGCCUUGGACCUGGGCCCUCGCCGGCGUUCCCUGUGACUGCAGCGACUGCGAGCGUGUCAGCGCCUUUCUCCGCCACCACACAAAGAUGUCUGAAGAAUACCCAAUGAACAAGCCCCGGCGUACCCAUGUCCAGUAG